CGCAAUCGCGUGCUUUUCGAAUUGACCAAUCGGAGAAGGGCGGAGCCGCCCACCAAUCACGAGCGCUGGCGCAGGAGGUCGAUGGUUUAAAUGGAGGCCUAGAUGGACGCGUGGAGAGAAGAGUCAAUGGGCUAGAGCGUCAAGAUGUCCAAAGAGUGUGAAGAUAAUGUUUCUGGAACUGAAUGCACAGAAGAUAGUACAACAACGUUGCAGAAACAGCUUCAGGAUGACUUUGCCCAAAUGGAAAGUGUUCAGUUGAAGGUGAAGGCUCUGAGCGAGGACUGGCUGGAGACCCACCAACGCCUGAAAGCAGAGGAGGCAAAAGUGACGGAGCUGGAGGCACAGAUCGAGGGCCUGAACCUCAGACACGAAGAGACCAAGGCGGCCCUGCAAGCAGACAUUUUGCGGGCCCUGGCUCAAGUCAAGGAGAAGGAAGACCUUGCGGAGAAGCUCCGGGCCAAGGUGGCCGUGCUGGAGCGGAAGGUGGAAGCGGCCUGCCAGGAGGCAGCUAAAAGCGCUGCCCGGCUGGAAAAAGGCGCCUAUGAGGCGAGGCUGGCUCUCGAGGCCACCCUGGCCGAGCUGACUAGGCAGAAACACAUGGCGCUAGAGGCCACCGUGGAGAAGCAUUGGGGCGAGGUGGCUCUUCAUAGCCAGGAUGUGGUGGAUCUGGAGGAGAAUGAAGGGGGAGGAGCAGAAGCCCCCGGGAAGGAUGACAGUCGGGUGCUCCUGCGGAAGGACGCCGUUGAUGCUGGCCUGGGCGACGCUCCUCCUCCACCUCCACAAGAGGCAAAUCGAGGGAUUUUCAGACCAGCCGCUUCAUCUGAAUUCAAUGACUGUCUUUUCUUCCAACUCCUCUUCAGUUUUUCUGCAUUUGUGCACCAUAAUCUGGCAGUGGGAGAAUCUGCAGCAGAAGAGUUAAAAUACAAACCUCCAGUGAUCCCAGAAGGGCCCUUAUUGGGUUUGAGAAGGCAGGGCCAGCCAGGUUUGGAAACAAGGCACUCUGGAUAGAUUAGCAGAGGUCACUUUGUCAAAAUGACUGGAAUCUUGAGCAGAUAGUCAACAGAUCCAGGAUCCCGUUGGGAACACCUUCUGGCCGCCAAGCGAUCAACACGAGUGGUAAUCUGGGGUUGCUUCUGCAUGUCUCCACUCAGCUGCGGGCAUGUUGACCUUGUGAGGUCAAAGGGAAAUCCUGAGGUUUUCAACAACUAGUUCUUCAAAAUCAGGAUCUAACUUCGGCCCAGAUUCAGAAGCUUCUUCCACCACAAAGUUCUCUGAAGCAAUCAGAGAAGCAGCUGACAAUUGCUGGGCUGUUUUACACUUUGACAAACUCCUGGCAAUAGACUUCUGCGCCAGCCUUUCCCUUUUGGAGACUGGAUGAGCGCUCGUCAGCUAAAGAGGCUUUGUGUCAGACAGUAUUUCUUCCGCUGAGCAUGAUUUGGAUUCUUGCCUGCUUCCGUGAAAGUGUGCCAUGGCAGUGCUUGACACCCUCCUGGCGCCAUGUUGUUUUCUAGACAAUCUCUGGUUGUGAGAUAGGCCACCUUUUCUACUCCAUGCUGUUGAUAAGCCUGUUUCCCAAACCAUGUAAGUGCUAUAGUGGUUAUGCGGUCUCUCAAACUGCUGUGGACACUUUAGCUAUGUUAGAUGUUUAAUAAAUAGAUGGUACUGUUGCUGAAUCAUUUCUUGCUUCAGAGAGCUGGAAUGUGGAUGAAAAUCUGGGCCACUUCUGGGCAGGGUGGAAGUUGGACCUGGUCUCCAGGUAGCCAGGCAGGGAAAUCCCCAGCCACCGCAAUGUUCACCUUGCUUGCAGGCAUUACAAAAUCUAGGCACUGUUCAGUUAAUUAUCAACACUGUUUCCACACAUGGCCACAUAAAUUCAUUUGAUGCCUUUUGAA